AUGGCCCUGAGUGAUCUCGAUGUGCAGAAGCAGAUUAAACACAUGAUGGCUUUCAUUGAGCAGGAAGCCAAUGAGAAGGCAGAAGAAAUAGAUGCCAAGGCUGAGGAAGAGUUCAACAUCGAGAAAGGACGUCUUGUGCAGACCCAAAGACUGAAGAUCAUGGAGUAUUAUGAGAAGAAGGAGAAACAGAUAGAGCAGCAGAAGAAAAUCCAGAUGUCUGCUGUGAGAAAUCAGGCCAGGUUGGAAGUCCUGAAAGCCCGUGAUGACCUCAUCUCAGAUUUGCUGAAUGACGCCAAGCAGAGACUAAGCAGAAUUGUGAUAGAUCUAGACAUCUAUCAGGACCUGUUGGACAAACUCGUGCUCCAGUGUCUGUUCCGAAUGCUGGAGCCCUGGGUGCUGGUGCGCUGUAGACCGCAGGAUGUCCUUCUGAUAGAGUCUGCUGUGCAAAAAGCCAUCCCUGACUACAUGAUGGUCUCCAAAAAAAAUGUAGAAGUCUGUGUUGAUCAAGAGGUUUACCUGCCUGUAAACUCAACUGGAGGUGUAGAGGCCUACAGUAACAAUCAGAAAAUCAUGAUUUCCAAUACUCUGGACAGCCGACUAGAUCUCUUAGCGCAGCAAAGGAUGCCGGAAAUACGAAAGGCCUUAUUUGGAGCAAAUGCCAACAGGAAGUUUUUUAUAUAA